AUUUCUGUCGGAGUGAGCCCUCUGCCUGCGUUUUUCCUCUCUGGGUCUUGACGUGGCGGCCGCCAUAUUGUUUUGCUGUGUUGUCAGUGGAGAGCGGCGGCAGCUUCAGCGGCGCUUAUACCCAACAGUGUGAACCCCCCCUCCCACUUCCUGGUGGUUCCAUGGCGACCUUUCCAGAGUACAUCGCUCAGAAUGAGGAGCGCGACGGCGUCCGUUUCAGCUGGAACGUGUGGCCGUCGAGCCGGCUGGAGGCGACCCGGAUGGUGGUGCCGGUGGCGGCUCUGUUCACUCCGCUGAAGGAGAGGACCGACCUGCCCCCGAUCCAGUACGAGCCGGUUCUCUGUAGUCGCGCCACCUGCCGCGCUGUACUCAACCCACUCUGCCAGGUGGACUACAGAGCCAAGCUGUGGGCCUGUAACUUCUGCUACCAGAGGAACCAGUUUCCUCCGUCCUACGCCGGGAUCUCUGAGGUGAACCAGCCUGCCGAGCUGCUGCCUCUGUUCUCCACCAUCGAGUAUGUGGUUCAGAGGGGCCCUCAGAUGCCGCUGGUGUUCCUGUAUGUGGUGGACACCUGCAUGGAGGACGAGGACCUGCAGGCGCUGAAGGAGUCUCUGCAGAUGUCGCUGUCUCUGCUCCCGCCCACCGCGCUCGUCGGACUCAUCACCUUCGGUCGCAUGGUUCAGGUGCACGAGCUCGGCUGCGAGGGUAUCUCCAAGAGCUACGUCUUUAGGGGGACCAAGGAUCUGAACGCCAAACAGCUGCAGGAGAUGCUGGGUCUCACCAAACCUUCGGCCGCUCAGGGACGAGGACCUCAGGCGGCGCCACAGCAGUCAUUCAACAGGUUUCUGCAGCCGGUGCAGAAGAUCGACAUGAACCUCACCGACCUGCUGGGGGAGCUGCAGCGCGACCCCUGGCCUGUGACGCAGGGCAAGAGACCGCUGCGCUCACUGGGUGUCGCCAUGUCCAUCGCCGUGGGGCUUUUGGAGUGCACCUUUCCCAAUACUGGCGCACGCAUCAUGACCUUCAUAGGCGGCCCGGCGACGCAGGGGCCCGGCAUGGUGGUGGGAGACGAGCUGAAGACGCCGAUCAGGUCCUGGCACGACAUCGAGAAGGACAACGCCAAGUUCAUGAAGAAGGCCACCAAACACUACGAGUCUCUGGCCAGUCGAGCGUCCAGCAACGGUCACAUCAUCGACAUCUACGCCUGCGCCCUCGAUCAGACCGGCCUGCUGGAGAUGAAGUGCUGCACCAACUACACCGGGCUGAGACAGGAAGUACAGGUGAAUCCUCAGGAGAUCGGCACGGGAGGAACCUGUCAGUGGAAGGUCUGCGGACUGGAUCCGAGUACCACGCUGGCGCUUUACUUUGAGGUCGUCAACCAGCACAACGCGCCGAUCCCUCAGGGCGGCCGCGGGGCGAUCCAGUUCGUCACGCAGUACCAGCACUCGUCAGGUCAGCGACGCAUCCGGGUCACCACCACCGCCAGGAACUGGGCCGAUGCUCAGACGCAGAUUCAAAGCAUCGCGGCGUCCUUUGACCAGGAGGCGGCGGCCAUCCUCAUGGCGAGGUUGGCAGUGUACCGGGCAGAGACGGAGGAGGGGCCGGACGUGCUCAGGUGGUUAGACAGACAGCUGAUCAGACUGUGUCAGAAGUUUGGCGAUUACCACAAAGACGACCCGAACUCCUUCCGGUUCUCCGAGACCUUCUCGCUGUAUCCCCAGUUCAUGUUCCACCUGCGGCGUUCGCCGUUCCUGCAGGUGUUCAACAACAGUCCUGACGAGAGCUCGUAUUACCGGCACCACUUCAACCGGCAGGACCUGACGCAGGCGCUCAUCAUGAUCCAGCCGGUGCUCUACGCCUACUCCUUCAACGGCCCGCCUGAGCCCGUCCUGUUGGACAGCAGCAGCAUCCUGCCCGACCGAAUCCUUCUGAUGGACACGUUCUUCCAGAUCCUCAUCUACCACGGAGAGACUGUGGCUCAGUGGAGGAAGGCCGGCUAUCAGGACAUGCCCGAGUACGAGAACUUCAAACACCUGCUUCAGGCUCCGGUGGACGACGCCCAGGAGCUGUUGCACACGCGCUUCCCCAUGCCGAGAUACAUCGACACGGAGCAUGGCGGCAGCCAGGCUCGCUUCCUGCUCUCCAAAGUGAACCCCUCCCAGACCCACAACAACAUGUACACCUGGGGGCAGGAGUCCGGUGCUCCGAUCCUGACAGACGACGUCAGCCUGCAGGUGUUCAUGGACCACCUGAAGAAGCUCGCCGUCUCCAGCGCCGCCUGAGUGUGCCAUCGGCUCACCUGUCCUCAUCUGUUUGCUUUUUAUUUGUUUUCUUGCUGCCUGUGUUUCCAUGGCAACAGUCCACAAGCACCAUCAACCAAUCAGCAGCAGUUGUAACCUCACAGUGUAGAGAUGCUAUUGUUAAUUGGCCUUUUUAAAAAAAAUAAAGUUGCAUUUGAUUGGUUGAUCCUCUCAGACGGCAGCAGUGAUAGCUUUCACAAUAAAAGCCACUGUGUAGUUUUAGUCUGUGAAGCUUUUAUUGUGAAACAACAGCAGGAAGUGGUGGCCGUCGGGAGUUUUUCCCCCCCCUAAAAGGUUUUAAAUUGAUUUUAAAAUUUUAACAUGUGAUUUUUUUAAAUUUAGGAACAGGAAACAGGAAGUGAGGUGUUUUUUUUUUUUUUUUGUUUUUUUUUUGAAAGCAUGUGAUGUCACUGAGCGCGCGAAGCUGUCUGCUUGUGUUUGAACACUAACCGAGAACGAGCGCAGAGGUCCACCUCGCCACUGUUCUCGUCUUUCUAAUAAAAUCUGCAGAAUUUUA